UUUCCACAGAAGACAUAAUUAAAACCCCACCACAUCCAUGGAUGAAAAGAAGCCUUCUCGUUUGUAUUUUAUCGGCAAGAAAGAUCAUCUCAUUCAGGCCAAGAGAAUGACUGUAACUCUGGACGGAAGAGACAUUCUUAUUAUAUAUCAUCAGAGAACUUUCCAUGCAAUGGACCUGCAGUGUUACCAUGCUGGCAGUAGCUUGGAGACAGGGGAUAUUGAGGAAAUCAACAACAAGCACUGUAUUGUAUGCCCAAAGCACAAGUAUAAGAUCUCUCUGGCUGAAGGUGAGGGGUUAUACAAGGCCAAAAACCCCUUGGAAGAAAACCCUACCCCGCGGUGGUAUUCCAAAGGCAUAAAGCAAAGAGUGCACAAAGUGAUGGAAGUAGACGAAGACAUCUUUGUGACGUUGUCCAAUUGCCCCGGGUGGAUUGAGUCAGACUAUUAUCAGACUGAGACGGGCAGGGCAGAACUGAGAAAAGAGCAGGAGUCGGAAGAUGGAGAAGCAGACGUGAAUGCAGAUGAAGACUUUUAGUCUGGCAGCAACAGUGAGACGAGAGCUUCAGAGAUCCUAAGGGAACUGCAUAUAUUAAGAUAGAUGAUUUCAGAGUCAGUCUACUUGAAUAAAACUGCGAAUUGACAUCAUGAAUCAAAAAAUAUCAUGCCCUUUUUGUGAUGGUGCCAGGCUCUCUGUACACCUCCAUGAUUCAUAGUGAUGCCUGUCUUUCAGCUUAAUUUUCUCAACUGAACAAUGACAUAAUGUUCGUUUUUGCAAAACGGGAAAUUGUUUUGUAUUAGAUGAAAAUGUGCAUUCUUAAAUGGA